AUGGCUGUGUUGGAGAGCAGAGAAUGGUAUAUGGCUGCCUAUGCACCCGAGGGCGUUCCACUGUCCGAUCAUCUCAAACUACGGACGAUAAAUCUACCGCUCAACUCUGAUUCAAUCCCUGACCAACACGUGGCAGUUGAAGUCCUGUGGAUAUCCGUCGAUCCCUACAUACGGUCCAGAAUGACUGGCCACGACGGGGGCCUGUACUUUCCCCAGUUUGGCCUCGGCGAGGUCAUUACAGAGUUCGCGAUCGGAAGAGUAGUUCUUUCCAAGGACGGAAACUUCAGCGAGGGGGAUAUAGUGAUCAACCCUUUCUCUCCAGUUGCAGAAUACAGUGUGGUACCAACUGCGGUCCUCCGGAAGGUUGACCCAACGGCUGGAAUCGAGCUGCCGGAUUAUCUCAGUGCUCUCGGAUUGCCUGGGUUUACGGCAUGGCUGGGAAUAGACGUGAUCGGAGAAGCCAAGCCGGGAUCGAAUGUAUUCAUUUCGGCGGCGGCCGGCGGCGUUGGAAUGUUCGCCGGGCAGUUGGCGAAGCUCAAAGGCUGUCGAGUCGUCGGAAGCGCUGGAUCGGACGAUAAGGUAAUUUCCUGA